AUGACUCCCUUUCUCCCUCUCCUCGUUCGCUCUGUCGACAAGAGCCUCAAAGACGCUCUUCAGCGUCUGGGUCCUCUCAUCCUCACCCAGGAGUAUCUAGCCACCCGCCAGGGCAGCUCCCAGGAUGAGCUCACUGACGAAGAGGACUAUUUCGUGCUUGCCGACGCUAAUUCUCAUCCCGACACGGUCGCCCAGUGGCUAGAUGAUGGCGCGCAAAAGGUCAUUCUGCCUGCUACUGUCAUCUCAAAGCUCGUCUCUGCUGGUGCUAGCAAUAUACCCAGCGACCGGCUCGUGUUGUCUCUGGACAUGGCAGAGGGGGCAGCCGUCCCAGACAAGCUACGUAGCGCUGUAUCCGGUCUCUUCAUCAAAUGCGGCUCUCUCGAUGCUACUACACUCCCCUCUUUCAAGCAGUUCUUCCCCGGUGCAGAGCUCUACGUUCAGCCACAGCAGCUCCCCUCCUCGAACGCCACUCUCCAAGCCAUCAAGGACGCUACCCGAAUGAGUGUAACUCUUGUCAUCCCCACUGAGAACCUAACCCUGGGAGACUCGAACGAGAACGCCACAAACAUUGCAGACGCAUUCAUUGCGCCACUCGCAUCCGACCGAGCUGACGGCCUCUUUCCCACUGUCGUCACUUCCUAUACCAACAAUCGUUGUCUCGGGCUCGUCUACUCUUCGGUGGCAUCUAUCAAGGAGUCUAUCAAUACCGGCAAGGGAGUGUAUCAGAGCCGUAAGCAUGGCUUGUGGCGAAAAGGGGAAACCUCCGGAGCUACUCAAGAAAGCUGUUUUGGGGAACUCGACGGCCUCGCGCAACUUGAAUCCACCCUUCUCUCUCGCCUAACCAACGCACCGCCCGGAUCAUACACGAGACGUCUUUUCGAUGACGAAGAUUUACUGAGGAAGAAGAUUCGCGAAGAAGCAGACGAGCUAUGUAGUGCUCAAACAAAAGAAGACAUUGCAUUCGAGGCUGCAGAUCUACUCUACUUUGCGCUCGUCAA